ACUCAUUUCUCUAUCCAAUUCAAUUGCAAACUAUCUUAUCACAAACAUUUCGCAAAAUCAAAUUCUAAAGAGAGAAAUUAAAAUUGAAAAUAGUUCAAAAAUGUCACAAGAAUACACUUAUUGGGUACCUUUAAAAGCCCUUCUUCAUGGUAUACUCGCUAUUGUGUUCAGUUUUACUGCUUACACCAAACGAGUCAAGAGUUAUGAAGUGACCAGCUUUAAUGGGUAUUGCGCGUAUCCAAGCAGUUCAGCUUUGUAUUAUGGUAUAGUUGCUGCACUUGUUCUUCUGUUUGAGCAACUUACUAUUACUUUCGGCAUCAGAUGCUUUUGCUGUCGACGUCGUGGAGUUCAUUUUAACAGAAAAUUUGCUGCUAUUUUGGCAAUGAUAUUCUUCAUUCUUUCCUGGUGCGCAUUUGUUAUAUCAUUUAUCGGAUUGAUAUACACCGCGGUAGUCAACAGCCACAAAUUUCUAGUAAAACAUCACUCUCUAAACAAUGGAGGCAGUUGCUUUAUUGGCCAAGAGAAUUUGUUCCUAGGGGCAGCAAUUUGGUGCAUAAUUACCACAGUUUUAGGCCUAAUCACUUACGGUUUUUGGGCGUGUAGUACUCAUACAAAAAACACAACUAGUGAGCAAGCUAAUUAUGCACAAAGUGGUGUUGCAAUGGGACAACCUCAUGCACAAUUACCAAAAGAACAAUGUUGAUUAUAUCAAUGUUAGAUAAAAUUAUUUGGUUGUUAUGUUGUUGGUUGUAUAAACCAAAAAUUGAUGGAAUUGCAAGAAAAAAAUAAAAUAAAGUGUGCAAUUCCUAUGAUUAGAAGGGUUUUUUUUAGAGUUUUUAUGUAAUUUUGAAAAUUCUUUUAUUUUAUUUUGUUUAAUUACAUGCACGUGUGUAUUGAUAUUUAUUUGAAUUCAAGAAGUUUAUUGAAACGAAUGAA